CUGGCUGCGAGACCUGCCUCAGCAGCCCAAAGCUCCAGCCAUGGGCUCGGGGUGCGUGCCCGGGCUCUGCCUGCUGGUCCUGCUGGUCCACGCCCGCGCCGCCCAACACAGCAAAGCCGCGCAAGAUGUGGAUGAGUGUGUGGAGGGGACCGACAACUGCCACAUUGAUGCUAUCUGCCAGAACACCCCACGGUCAUACAAGUGUAUCUGCAAGUCCGGCUACACAGGAGAUGGGAAACAUUGCAAAGAUGUGGAUGAGUGUGAGCGAGAGGAUAAUGCAGGUUGUGUGCACGACUGUGUCAACAUCCCGGGGAAUUACCGAUGCACCUGCUAUGAUGGAUUCCACUUGGCACACGAUGGGCACAACUGUCUGGACGUGGAUGAGUGUGCUGAGGGCAACGGAGGCUGUCAACAGAGUUGUGUCAACAUGAUGGGCAGCUAUGAAUGCCACUGCCGGGAAGGCUUCUUCCUCAGUGACAACCAGCACACCUGCAUCCAGCGGCCUGAAGAAGGAAUGAACUGCAUGAACAAGAAUCAUGGCUGUGCCCACAUUUGCCGGGAGACACCCAAGGGGGGGAUUGCCUGUGAAUGCCGCCCUGGCUUCGAGCUCACCAAGAAUCAGCGGGAUUGUAAAUUGACGUGCAACUAUGGUAAUGGUGGCUGCCAGCACACUUGCGAUGACACAGAGCAGGGGCCCCGAUGUGGCUGCCACGUCAAGUUUGUGCUUCAUACUGACGGGAAGACAUGCAUCGAGACCUGUGCUGUCAACAACGGGGGCUGCGACAGUAAGUGCCACGAUGCAGCUACUGGUGUCCACUGCAGCUGCCCUGUAGGCUUCAUGCUGCAGCCAGACAGGAAGACCUGCAAAGACAUAGACGAGUGCCGCCUGAACAAUGGGGGCUGUGACCACAUUUGCCGCAACACAGUGGGCAGCUUCGAGUGCAGCUGCAAGAAGGGCUAUAAACUUCUCAUCAAUGAGAGAAACUGUCAGGACAUAGAUGAGUGUUCCUUUGAUCGAACUUGUGACCACAUGUGUGUCAACACACCCGGAAGCUUCCAAUGCCUCUGCCGUCGUGGCUACCUGCUCUAUGGUGUCACCCACUGUGGGGAUGUGGAUGAAUGCAGCAUCAACAGAGGAGGUUGCCGGUUUGGCUGCAUCAACACGCCUGGCAGCUACCAAUGUACCUGCCCAGCAGGCCAGGGCCGGCUACACUGGAAUGGCAAGGAUUGCACAGAGCCUGUUAAGUGUCAGGGAAGUCCUGGAACCUCGAAAGCCAUGCUCAGUUGCAACAGGUCUGGCAAGAAAGACACCUGUGCCCUGAGCUGCCCCUCCCGGGCCCGGUUUUUACCAGAGUCUGAGAAUGGCUUCACUGUGAGCUGUGGAACCCCCAGCCCAAAGUCUGCUCCAGCCCGUGCCAGCCACACUGGGAACAGCACAACUUCCAACCACUGCCAUGAGGCUGCAGUGCUGUUGGUUAAACAACGGGCCUCCUUCAAGAUCAAGGAUGCCAAGUGCCGUCUGCAUCUGCGAAACAAAGGCAAAAUGGAGGAGGCCAGCAGGAUGCUGGGGCCAGGUGGUGCCCCCUGCUCUGACUGCCAGGUCACCUUCAUCCACCUCAAGUGUGACUCUUCUCGGAAGGGCAAGGGCCGACGGGCCCGGACCCCUCCAGGCAAGGAGGUCACCCGGCUUACCCUAGAACUCGAGGCGGAGGUGAAAGCUGAAGAAACCACAGCUGGCUGUGGGCUGCCCUGCCUCCGACAACGGAUGGAACGGCGGCUGAAAGGGUCCCUCAAGAUGCUCAGAAAGUCCAUCAACCAGGACCGCUUCCUGCUGCGCCUGGCGGGCCUUGAUUAUGAGCUGGCCCACAAGCCGGGCCCAGUAGCUGGGGAGCGAGCAGAGCUGGUGGAUGCCUGUAGGCCUGGGCAGCACCGUGCUGGAGCCAAGUGUGUCAGCUGCCCGCAGGGAACGUAUUACCACGGCCAGACGGAGCAGUGUGUGCCAUGCCCAGCGGGCACCUUCCAGGAGAGAGAAGGGCAGCUCUCCUGCGACCUUUGCCCUGGGAGUGAUGCCCACGGGCCUCUUGGAGCCACCAACAUCACCACAUGUGCAGGUCAGUGCCCACCUGGACAAUACUCUAUAGAUGGGUUCAAGCCCUGCCAGCCAUGCCCACGGGGUACCUACCAACCUGAAGCAGGACGGACACUGUGCUUCCCAUGUGGUGGGGGCCUUACUACCAAGCAUGAGGGGGCCAUCUCCUUCCAGGACUGUGACACCAAAGUCCAGUGCUCUCCUGGGCACUACUACAACACCAGCAUCCACCGCUGUAUCCGCUGUGCCCUGGGCUCCUACCAGCCUGAUUUCCGUCAGAACUUCUGCACCCGCUGUCCAGGCAACACAAGCACUGACUUUGACGGCUCCACCAGUGUGGCCCAGUGCAAGAAUCGUCAGUGUGGUGGGGAGCUGGGUGAGUUCACUGGCUAUAUUGAAUCCCCCAACUAUCCGGGCAACUACCCAGCCAGCGUGGAGUGCAUCUGGAAUAUCAACCCCCCACCCAAGCGCAAGAUCCUUAUCGUGGUACCUGAGAUCUUCCUGCCAUCUGAGGACGAGUGUGGGGACGUCCUCGUCAUGAGAAAGAACUCCUCCCCAUCCUCCAUCACCACCUAUGAGACCUGCCAGACCUAUGAGCGCCCCAUUGCCUUCACAGCCCGCUCCAGGAAGCUCUGGAUCAACUUCAAGACUAGUGAGGCCAACAGUGCCCGAGGUUUCCAGAUCCCCUAUGUUACCUAUGAUGAGGACUAUGAACAACUGGUAGAAGACAUUGUACGAGACGGCCGGCUCUAUGCCUCUGAAAACCACCAGGAAAUUUUAAAGGACAAGAAGCUCAUCAAGGCCUUCUUUGAGGUGCUGGCCCACCCCCAGAACUACUUCAAGUACACAGAGAAGCACAAGGAGAUGCUGCCAAAAUCCUUCAUCAAGCUGCUCCGUUCCAAAGUUUCCAGCUUCCUGAGGCCCUACAAAUAGUGUCCCUAGACCCACAGGCCCUGGUUUUGAAGCUCCCAGACUCCUUAGCCCUCAGAGCCGGCAGCCCCACUCACAGACACAAAACUCUCUCCUCUUUUUAGAGAGAAAGAGAGAAAAAUAUCACUACAGACCAGGCACUCUCCCUUUCUGUCUCUAUUUUCCUCUCCUUGCCUCUCUUCCUUUCUCUUUCUUUUUUCUACAUGCUCCCUGGAAAAGCCAUUCAAAGCUGGCUCUAUUCCCUCUGAGGGGUGAAGGAACAGUACCCAAACUGCCCAUUUCACCAGCUCACAGUCCUAGCCCCAUCAGCUUGGAAGGGUGCUGGAGGCCCACGAAGGAAGUGGGUCUAGUGGGGAAUGGGGAGGGGGAUAAGGGGGCUUCUACCAUUAUGAAGAGGUGCCUUGCUAGUCAGGAGCCAAAUCGUCCCUUGGCUGUGUCCCCCAGGGUGAUUCUGAUAGCCCAGGGUCCUGCCAAAGAAGGCUUUGACUUAGAGGCUUAAUGCCAGCACCUCUGGGGCACACAGCUUGAGUCCUGGACCACACACAGUUGGCUUUCUUGCCUGUACAGCAGAUCGCCUUCCUCCCCUACAUAUCUUCCUGGGGUCUACUCUAUACAGUCUUACAGAUGGCCCACACCACUGGGCUAGUGGACACCAGCUGAAUGAGGAAGAGCAGCAGGCAUUACCAUGCUGAAUGUGCCACUGUGAUUCUCCGAGAAAAAGACUAGCUGUGCAUGACAGAAACCAGGUUUCAAAGUAUCACCAAAAAAAAAAAAGAAAAGAAAAGAAAAUGUAUCUAAAGGACUAGACUACAGAACAAUUGGAAGCUAGCCUCAAACACUAGUCCCUUUUCCUACUUGUCUUCCCUGGCCCAGCCAUCCCCGUACCCCCACCCAAGUGCUUCCUGGGGGAGCCUGACUCCCCUUGCUAAGUGCUGUCCUUAAAGAAACAUGGCUGCUGACUGGAAGCCAGCUUGGGCCUCGCCCCACAGUUGUCUUUCCCUUAUAAUCCCAGGUGGCUUGUGGGCUCUACCAAAGAGGACCCCACUCUGCAGCCAGCCCAGAGCCACCUACCUCUGGCCCCAGGCCAUGGGCGGCAAGAGGAAUGUGUGUGCACUUGGCGAGCCUUCUGCCCACCUUGUCCACAUCUAAUAAGUGCAAUCAUUUUGAGUCUUUCUAUGUUGUCUAGAGGGAGGGGUUUCUGUUUUUGUUUUGUUUUGUUUUUUUUUCUCUAUUAGAACUACUCUAUUUAUAGCUGCCCAAGAAAGAAGUGUGUGUGUUUGGAGUGGAAGAAAAAAGGUUUUGAAUCUCAUGAACCUUGAGUGCUGAAGCAUCUAAUCUGUCUCUUAUUCCUCCACUGGUGGCCACCCAGACCGCUAGGGUCCUCAGCUGGGGUAACCGAGGGCUAUAGCUCAGAGGUACCUGAUGUGUAGGACAAGAAUUCUGGGGACUUGAUGGAGCAGGAAGGAGAGAGACCUGUGUUUGUUAAACAAAUCCUGCCAUCCCCAUGCCUCUCCAUGGAUUCAGCAUGGACCUCAUGAUUGUGAAGGCCAGUGGAACCGGUAAUUCUCUACCCUAAGUCGAGAAAAUCUCCAUCUUUUCCCUUCAUCCUGUUUUUUCUUGAUGCCCACAUCUCCACCCUACAAUGGAAGAGGAUCAGGGGAAACCGCCUGGAGAUGGAGUGUCUUAGGGCCCUGAGGCCAGAGCUAAGGCUGUGGGAACCAAAAAUAGGA